UUUUUUUUUCUUAUAAACAUUUUUGCAACAUAAUUAUUUUUAGAUGAUCUCAAAGGUAUAAUGUAAUAUUUUGAGAUUUAUGGAUCAAUUAGAAAACAAACUCAAAACUCAAUACAAAACGUUUCGUUAAUUUUUGAAAACUUAAAUACAAGACAAAAGUUAGUUUUUUUAAAAAUAAUAAUAAAACAAACUUUGUCCAGAAUAUUUUAAGAGCACACCAUCUAACCACUCUAUCUACAUUUUCUCUUUUUUCUUCCUCCUUUGAACUCUUUUCCCUUUUUGAGAUAAUUAUUAAAAUGAUGAUUAUGUCAAAGUCUUUAACAAAUUACAAAACCAAUAAUGUCAACUUUAUCUGAUCAGGCUGAAGGUUGCAUUUCUAAUACUUUGGGAGAUGAGUUUCUUUCAAGUGAUUGGACCAAAUGUUUCAAUUUUCUUUUUCUUUUUGAUGUGUGUGACCAUUGGUUGUGAUUAGUCCAACUCCUAUUUUUGUUGAGUUAUAUAUGUUCAUGUGAAGGUGAGGUUGAGGUUGUGGAGUUGAUUACUUAUAAAAGGUAACUUGUCAUUGCUUCGUAUAUAAAGUACAACCUCAAUUUUCAUCCAUAUCAUACAAAAAUAAAUAAAAUUAUAUCGAAUCUUAAAUCUUUUAGUACAAUAAUCGUGAGUACAAAGAAGUUUCACGUAUCUUUAUCUAAGUUGAAAUUGAAUCAUCAACAUUUAUAAAAUAUUUUAUAGAUAAAUUAUGUUAAAGUGAUGUUUGAGAACUUUUUCUAGAAAGCAAGUUCUUGAGGACUGAAAACAAAGGGAGAUGGAGUCGUUAGGUAUCUAAUCUUCAACCUACAACAUAUUGGUUAACAUCAAAACAUAGCAAGGUUUUACUUUUUUUUUCUAGUACAUUUAACUUUGAAAACAAAGAUUUGAACCUUCAAUUUCAACUGUUCUUAAACUAAACUUUGUUUGAUUUUAGAAUAUUGUUUUGCAAAUCAUCUUAAACACCAAAACACGUACGUACAUACAUAUAUGUUCACAUGGUGACCAAGAAAAAACCCUCAAACGUGACAACAUUUAAAGCCAUGAAGAUUUCUCUUCUACAAAUUCCCCCCUUCCACCCCGCUCCCUUUCACCACAUUCCCACAAUCAUCUUCAUCACUCCACUCCCCAAAGAAAACAGAGUAUAACAUAGCAAUGGAAAAUGGCAGAGACAACAAAAAGCCUCAUACUUCUCCAUUUCACCACAAGCCAUGGAAGAAAGGUCCUUCCAGAGGCAAAGGUGGUCCUCAAAAUGCCUCGUGCGAGUACCGUGGCGUACGACAACGCACUUGGGGCAAAUGGGUUGCCGAGAUUCGCGAGCCGAAGAAACGAACGAGGCUAUGGCUUGGCUCUUUCUCUACUGCUGAAGAAGCUGCCAUGGCUUAUGAUCAAGCUGCUACUAAGCUUUAUGGGCCUCAUGCUUAUCUUAAUCUCCCACAUUUGGCUAAUCAGAAUAAUGAUUCUAGUGAUUAUAAAUCUAAUUUUGUGAAAUGGGUUCCUUCUAAAAACUUCAUUUCUCUGUUUCCUCAUACAAAUCGAGCAGCUGCUACUGUUGCAACAACUGGCAGCUUCAUGAGUCUUCAUCUUAUACAUCAAAGGCUUCAGCAGCUUAAACCUCCUCAUCCCUUUCUUUCAUCUAAUUCCCUUACUUCUCCUUCCAAGAAACUUGAAGACAAGGGCGAGAAAGAGAAAGAUAAAGACGAGGAAGCUUCCGUUAGAGAGGAGACGACAACGAAAACAACAGCAACAAGUAGUGGGAAAGAAGAAGAGAAGCCACAAAUUGAUCUAAAUGAGUUUCUACAACAACUUGGGAUUUUGAAAGAAGAAGAAGAAAAAUUAGUGAUUGAAUUAGAAGAAGAGAAAGGCAAUAACAAUAACAAAGACAAUGACAUUGACAAUUACAAUGAUGAUGGAGGAUGUUGUUUGGGAUCAUCAGAAAUAUCAAAUAAUUGUGAUUAUAGCGAUGAAGUUGAAGUGCUUAGUGACAAAAGCUUUAAUUGGGAUUCAAUUAUGGAAAUACAUCCCAAUAUUGAAGAUAAUCACUUUGGAAACUUUCAACUUUAUGAUCAUCAUUUUCUUAAUUAUGAAGAUGAGCUAGGUUUUCCCAAUUCCAUUUGGGAUUUUGAAGAAGACCAUUCCACAAGAAUCAUACAUUAACAAAAUAAAAAUAAAAGCAACUUUGUUUCAGGAACCUUUUUGAAUUUUGAGGUUUUUUUCGGGAGGUUGUACACAAUAGUAAAAAUAGUAGUGUUGGACAAAAUAAAUGAGAUAAAGACAUUUACAAGAAAAUGAGUGUUGUUAUUUUUAUUUAUGUUUUAUAUUAGUUGCGUUAUGAAGUUGAAAGGAAAUAAAAUAGUAAUUUAUAAA